AUGUCCCAUCAAGAAGAUAUCGUUCCGGACGCCGCGUUGUCUGCGCCAACGACCAGUGUUCCCACGGCCGACGCUGUUCCCAGCGGCAACACGCCCAUGAAGUCCCGAAACCCCAACGAUCCACUGCGAUGGUUCAUCUGCUUGAUUGACAAUCGCAAUAGAACCAAGAUUUUGAAAUUCCACCCACAAGAAUCUCUGGGCAACAUUACCAAGAAAAUUGCCAAAAAAUUUGGCGUGGAAGAUCAAUUGGAUGAAGAGCACGCCUUGCUCUACUUGAUAUCAGGAGGAGGAGACAAAGGAUUGCAUUUGAUUGACGAAGUGGAGGAAGUCGAGUUUGAUGAAAAGGUGGCGUUGGAUCCAACGGGGAACUACAUUCGAGAUCAGCAACAACAAACUGAAUCCACUCAAGACUCGGGCGAAGUAAGCAUUCUUGAAGCUCCUGUGGAUGCAUCUCCACAACGAACCAAGUCUUCUACAAAGAGGGGUUUCCGCAGCAGGCAAUCUGCAAGGGCUUCGUGGGACUCUGAUGAGGAUGAAUCCUGUGCCACAGGGUCCUCCGUUCCUACUACAAAAAUCACACGCAAGAAACAAUCCACUGGCAAAAAUCGAAAUGAAAGUAGGAGUAGAGGAAAGGGUUCGGCAAGAGCCUAUCAACGGACGUCAUCCAACACCCCCACGAAACACUCUACAACAAAAAUUCAUACCAAUUGGGACUCUACCCGCUCUGGGCAUUCUUCGGAAGAAGAGAGCACUGAUUACGAUUACGAGCCCCCAGGACGCAAAAGACGCCACCAAAGCAAAACCAAUCGUCACCAAAGCAAACGAAUUGCGGGUCAAUCCAAGCCACUCACCGUAGAUUCCGAUGACAGUAUGGAUGAUGAGACUGUCCCGGCUCGUAUAACCCGAUCCAAACGGCGGCAAUCCACCCACAGAAAACAAUGCACGAGGCAAGCCCCUACUAGUGAGGAAAGUGGCAAUCACCAACCGCAGCAAAGGCGUCCAACAGGUGCCUACGAUAAAUCAUCAUCCAAGAAGAAACCAGCCGCCCCAGAUGAUUCUUCAAGGCCAAUAACGAUCACAAGAAGGACGGCGGAUACCACCAGUGACGCUGAGACGGUCCGCAGCAUUCGUUCGUCCACACGGAGAUCGCCGAGGCGCUCUCGCCAGACAACCACGCAGUAUGAUGGUGAGGUAACUGUCAUUACCAAAAGGGUGGCAACGAGGAAGAAUUCUCCCAAGCGAGCACCCAACGUGUCACGUCAACUGUCUGACGGCGGACCAGUGGAUGAUGACGAAAACGACGAUGACGACGACGUCGUGGAAACGGAGCCCCCACCAUGCACUGAGGAUCCAUAUCCAGUGGGAUCCUUCCACUUUAUCUACGAUGAAUGCUUUGGAUAUUCAUUCCCUGUGCAAGUCAUCAAACCGCCAAAGAGUGAGAAGAUCCGGGCAAAAAAGAACGAACGCUGCAUCGCGUGGAUUGGAUAUCAUUACAGCAUCGAAGUUGUCCCCGUAGCAAGACUCGAAGAAUUCACCGACGAGCGAGAGUACGCUUGGCGGACUGUCACGGAACCGGCUCUCAAACAACAGGCCAGGCAACGCGAAGCUGCCGAGAAAAAGAAUCCGUCACCACCAAAAGCAAGGGCGAAGGAAGACAAAAUGGAAGAUGUCCAAGUUGGCAGCCGCUGCUUUGUAAAUACACCCGAUGGCGACUAUCCUGCAACUGUCACCAAGCUCUGCCCCAAAGCGACGGACAAGUGCAUUAUCACGUUUGUUGGCUAUUCAAAAGCACCCAAGAGAGUGCUCAAGGCAGACCUUCUCAAAGCGACGGAUACCCGUGAGAUGAUCUAUGAGGUGCGGCAAAAAUACUCGGAGAAACAGAAUGAGCUGGAAGCCAAGAGAAGAAGAAAAAGGGGCGGCGUGGCAGAGCAAGAACCGCCUGCAAAGCGACCAAUGAGAGGUUCCCCUACAGCAACUAGUAAGCUCGGCACUAAGAGGAACAACAAAAAAGAUUCCGACGAUAGCAGUGUGGCGGAUGGUGUGGACACAGAGACGCGAUUGUAUGGACCUGCAACCAGUGUUGAGAAUCUUCCCACUGUUUUCAUGACGAGGCUUGUACCCAAUGGGACGUUGCAAAGGCAACGCAAUCGCCUCAUCUAUUUUGCCCGCGAUGACGAACGCCCAUUAUGCAUUGCUGAAAAGUUCCAGAUCCCGGUGGGAAAGAUCAUGUACGACAAUCGCCGUGUCUGGCCUCAAUUGAAAACUUCUUCUAGAUUGAAAAAGAAUACCCCUGUCGUUUUGCCAAGGAUGUGGAAUGGCCGGGAUGUGUUCCUCUGCAAGAUCGGUAGAACCAACAAUAGGCAAGCAUCAUCGGGACGUGACGAAAGAAUGGCAACUCCAAUCUCAAAAACGAAGAAGAGAAAAGCAUCAAACGGACGGGACGAAAGAGUGGGAACUCCAAUUUCAACAACGAAGAAGAGAAACGCAUCGAGAGGAAAUUCGAUGGCAGCAACUUCAGCAGCGUCACCUAGAGCAAACAAAUCGACGGAGUCGCCUCGCCGUUUCGGAAAGGCUAGCAUGGUCCUGGAAGUGGAUGGAGCCGAUAGCGCGCUGGAUGGCCAGGAAUUGUCGUUAGUGAAUUCCUCCUCGAGCACAACCGACGAAGAUACGAAGAAGGAUGAAGGUGAUAAGAAUCUCCAGGACGAGGUUGCUUCUUCAGCCGGUGGAAGCACCACGACCGAUGACGACGAAAAGGAGGAUGACGAUGAUCAGAAUACACACCCAGACGCAGCUUCUACAACCGGCGGCAGCACCACCACUGAAGACGACGAAAAGGAGGUUGACGGUGAUCAGGAUCUCCAACCAGGCACCGGCGGCAUCGCCACCACUGAAGACGAAAAGGAAGUUGACGGUGAUCAGGUUGUCCAACCAGUCGUAGCAUCAACAACUGGCGGCAUCGCCACAGCUGAUGACGAUGAAAAGGAGGACAAAGGUGAUCAGGUUGUCCAACCAGUCGUAGCAUCAACAACUGGCGGCAUCGCCACAGCUGAUGACAAUGAAAAGGAGGAUCAGGAUCUCCAACCAUUCGUAUCAACAACCGACGGCAUCGCCACAGCUGAUGACGACGAAAAGGAGGUUGACGGUGAUCAGGAUCUCCAACCAGUCGUAGCAUCAACAACCAACGGAAUUGCCACAGCUGAUGACGAUGAAAAGGAGGAUGAAUGUGAUCAAGAUUUCCAGCCAAGAGGGCCUUCUGCCAUAUCCGGUGGCAGCACAAUGUCAGAUGAUGAUGACGACAACAACAACAACGAGAAAUCGCAUCACGAGAACGAAAGCUUAAGCGACGAUCCAAACAACACCAACGAGCCUGCCCAGGACGACACUUCCGCGGACGUCCCAGGCGACAAUACUGGCGCUAGGUCGGAAGGCAGCACCACUGCUUGCGGCAGCAACAAGUCGGGUUGUGAUCCCAACGACACCACAAAGCCAGCCAAGGAUGACACUGGCGCGAUCGUGACAGGAGAGACCAGCGCGAUCGUAACGGGAGACAACAGGAUAGCAAGCCAAGAACAAGAUAAAGAUCAGGACGAAGAGAAAACUAGCGCGGUCGAUCCAGGGGACAAGAUGAGUGCAGACCAGGAGCGCGAGGAAGAUCACAAGGACGUGGUUUCCCACGUUACAUCCAGUUCCAGUGAUACCGAGCAUGAAAACGACAGCAGGAAGAAACAUAGUAACAGCGGCCAACAAAAUCGGGACGGGGAUGAGACGAUUUCUGACAACAGACCAGUCAACUCUGGGGAUGGGACGACUCGCAGCAACAGCCCUGUCAACUCUGGGGAUGGCGGCGAGCAAACGCAACAAGGGCAUCCUGAUGAUGGCAGUGAUAAUGUGCCAUCCAAGGGAUCACAGAACAGUACCGGUAGUGACUGGGAGCGCUUGGAUCGAACAUCCGUUCUGGGUGAUUUCGAUGAUGAUGCUUUCUUGCCAACGACGCAGGACGUGAGCUGA